AAAGAGGAAAAUAGUCCAAUUACCACAACAAAUCUUGCUCAGAAACACAGAAUGAAAGAUCAAAUCAUUGACUCUACUAAUAAAGCAGUGGUUUCUUUUCAUGAAGAGUUAUACCAAUGUGUAGAAAAAAAUAAAGUGAGAUUUCCGGUGCGAGCUAUAGUACAAAGUCCAAGAUCUGGGGCUGUCUCAUCAUCUUACGUUUUCUACAAUAACACAUUUGUUAAAGAAAACAUGGUCCUUAAAGAAUCGGAAUACAUCCAAGAUCUAAAAACUGUGGAUUGGACGCCGUUUAAUCUUCCUGUUAGAAACGAAAGUCAAUGGACUCUACCAACUCCUCGAGAACAGAAACAAAAAAAAAAGGAGGCAUAUGAUAAAGUCCCUUCUCGAUCAGUUGGAUCUUAUUUAAUCAAUAAUGCAGCAGUCGCAAUUCUUAAUUAG